AUGGACAGUGAGUAUAUAAAACGCCCUGGGCAGAGUGUGAAGGAUGGACAGUGUGAGUAUAUAAAACGCUCUGGGCAGAGUGUGAAGGAUGGACAGUGUGAGUAUAUAAAACGCCCUGGGCAGAGUGUGAAGGAUGGACAGUGGGAGUAUAUAAAACGCUCUGGGCAGAGUGUGAAGGAUGGACAGUGUGAGUAUAUAAAACGCUCUGGGCAGAGUGUGAAGGAUGGACAGUGUGAGUAUAUAAAACGCCCUGGGCAGAGUGUGAAGGAUGGACAGUGGGAGUAUAUAAAACGCUCUGGGCAGAGUGUGAAGGAUGGACAGUGGGAGUAUAUAAAACACCCUGGGCAGAUUGUGAAGGAUGGACAGUGGGAGUAUAUAAAACGCCCUGGGCAGAGUGUGAAGGAUGGACAGUGUGAGUAUAUAAAACGCCCUGGGCAGAGUGUGAAGGAUGGACAGUGGGAGUAUAUAAAACGCCCUGGGCAGAGUGUGAAGGAUGGACAGUGUGAGUAUAUAAAACGCCCUGGGCAGAGUGUGAAGGAUGGACAGUGUGAGUAUAUAAAACGCCCUGGGCAGAGUGUGAAGGAUGGACAGUGGGAGUAUAUAAAACGCCCUGGGCAGAGUGUGAAGGAUGGACAGUGGGAGUAUAUAAAACGCCCUGGGCAGAGUGUGAAGGAUGGACAGUGGGAGUAUAUAAAACGCCCUGGGCAGAGUGUGAAGGAUGGACAGUGGGAGUAUAUAAAACGCCCUGGGCAGAGUGUGAAGGAUGGACAGUGGGAGUAUAUAAAACGCCCUGGGCAGAGUGUGAAGGAUGGACAGUGUGAGUAUAUAAAACGCCCUGGGCAGAGUGUGAAGGAUGGACAGUGGGAGUAUAUAAAACGCUCUGGGCAGAGUGUGAAGGAUGGACAGUGGGAGUAUAUAAAACGCUCUGGGCAGAGUGUGAAGGAUGGACAGUGGGAGUAUAUAAAACGCCCUGGGCAGAGUGUGAAGGAUGGACAGUGUGAGUAUAUAAAACGCCCUGGGCAGAGUGUGAAGGAUGGACAGUGGGAGUAUAUAAAACGCCCUGGGCAGAGUGUGAAGGAUGGACAGUGGGAGUAUAUAAAACGCCCUGGGCAGAGUGUGAAGGAUGGACAGUGGGAGUAUAUAAAACGCCCUGGGCAGAGUGUGAAGGAUGGACAGUGGGAGUAUAUAAAACGCCCUGGGCAGAGUGUGAAGCAUGGACAGUGUGAGUAUAUAAAACGCCCUGGGCAGAGUGUGAAGGAUGGACAGUGGGAGUAUAUAAAACGCCCUAGGCAGAGUGUGAAGGAUGGACAGUGUGAGUAUAUAAAACGCUCUGGGCAGAGUGUGAAGGAUGGACAGUGGGAGUAUAUAAAACGCCCUGGGCAGAGUGUGAAGGAUGGACAGUGGGAGUAUAUAAAACGCCCUGGGCAGAGUGUGAAGGAUGGACAGUGGGAGUAUAUAAAACGCCCUGGGCAGAGUGUGAAGGAUGGACAGUGGGAGUAUAUAAAACGCCCUGGGCAGAGUGUGAAGGAUGGACAGUGGGAGUAUAUAAAACGCCCUGGGCAGAGUGUGAAGGAUGGACAGUGGGAGUAUAUAAAACGCCCUGGGCAGAGUGUGAAGGAUGGACAGUGGGAGUAUAUAAAACGCCCUGGGCAGAGUGUGAAGGAUGGACAGUGGGAGUAUAUAAAACGCCCUGGGCAGAUUGUGAAGGAUGGACAGUGGGAGUAUAUAAAACGCCCUGGGCAGAGUGUGAAGGAUGGACAGUGGGAGUAUAUAAAACGCCCUGGGCAGAGUGUGAAGGAUGGACAGUGGGAGUAUAUAAAACGCCCUGGGCAGAGUGUGAAGGAUGGACAGUGUGAGCAUAUAAAACGCCCUGGGCAGAGUGUGAAGGAUGGAGAUUGGUGA